AUGCCGCGCGCGCCCAGGUGCAGAGCGGUGCGCGCCCUGCUGCGUGGCCGCUACCGCGAGGUGCUGCCCUUGGCUACCUUCAUGCGGCGCCUGGGGCCGCAAGGCCGGCGGCUCGUGCGGCGCGGGGACCCGGCGGCCUUCCGCGCGCUGGUGGCCCAGUGCCUGGUGUGCGUGCCCUGGGACGCGCGGCCGGCCCCCGUCGGCCCGUCCUUCCGCCAGGUGUCCUGCCUCAAGGAGCUGGUGGCCAGGGUGGUGCAGAGGCUCUGCGAACGCGGCGCCAGGAACGUGCUGGCGUUCGGCUUCGCCCUGCUGGACGGGGCCCGCGGCGGGCCGCCGGUGGCCUUCACGACCAGCGUGCGCAGCUACCUGCCCAACACGGUAACCGAGACCCUGCGCGGCAGCGGCGCCUGGGGGCUGCUGCUGCGCCGGGUGGGCGACGAUGUGCUCGCCCACCUGCUCACGCGCUGCGCGCUCUACCUUCUGGUGGCCCCGAGUUGCGCCUAUCAGGUGUGCGGGCCGCCGCUCUACGACCUCUGUGCACCUGCCGCCACUCGGCCCCUCGCCACCUCCGGCCACCGGCCUGGGACCCGGAUGGACCUCAGACCCACGCGCCAGGCCCGAAACGCGGGCGCGAGGCGGCGGCGGGGCGGCGGCGGGAGCAGCCCGCCUCUAGCCAAGAGGCCCAGGCACGACGUGACCCCAGAGCCCGGGCGGGGGCCAGACAGGCCGCCUUCCCGGGCCCCCCCGCGCGGGGCCCACGGGCUGAGUGGCGGCGAACCUGGCGCAGUGACGUCUGCCAGGGCCGCCGCGGAGGCCAACUCCGGGGAGGGAGGGCCCCCUGGGACUCGGCUCACCUCCGCAGGCGCACAGCUGUCUCGGCCCCAGGGCGUGCCCCUAUCACACCUAUCACACCCUGAGACCAGGCACUUCCUCUACUGCCCGGGAGGCAAGGAGCGGCUGCGCGCCUCCUUCCUGCUCAGUGCCCUGCAGCCUAGCCUGACAGGGGCCCGGACACUCCUGGAGGCCAUCUUUCUGGGCUCUAAGUCUCCGCGGCCAGGGGCUGCCCGCAGGACUCGCCGCCUGCCCGCUCGCUACUGGCGGAUGCGGCCCCUGUUCCGAGAGCUGCUUGCCAACCACGCCCGGUGCCCCUACGACGCGCUCCUCAGGACGCACUGCCCGCUUCGAGCCCCGGCCCCUGCGGAGGGGUCCAGCGGCGGGGUCGGCGGGGGGGCGGGCGGCUGCGCCCUGGGGCGGCCCCCGGGAGCCCCCGGAGGCCUGCUCCAGCUUCUCCGGCAGCACAGCAGCCCCUGGCAGGUGUACGCUUUCCUGCGGGCCUGCCUGUGCAGGCUCGUGCCCGCUGGACUCUGGGGCUCCGGGCACAACCGGCGCCGCUUCCUGAGGAACGUGAAGAAGUUCGUCUCCCUGGGGAAGCACGCUAAGCUCUCGCUGCAGGAGCUGACCUGGAAGAUGCGGGUGCAGGACUGUGCCUGGCUGCGCGGGAGCCCAGGGGCCCGCUGUGUCCCAGCCGCCGAACACCGCCGCAGAGAGGAGGUCCUGGCCAAGCUCCUGUGCUGGUUGAUGGGCACGUACGUGGUCGAGCUGCUCAAGUCCUUUUUUUACGUCACGGAAACCACAUUUCAGAAGAACCGGCUCUUCUUCUACCGGAAGAGGAUCUGGAGCCAGUUGCAGAGCAUAGGAAUCAGACGACACUUCAAUAGUGUGCAUCUUCGAGAACUGUCAGAAGCAGAGGUCAGGAGACACCAGGAAGCCAGACCCACUCUGCUGACAUCCAAACUCCGCUUCCUCCCCAAGCCCAGUGGGCUUCGGCCAAUCGUGAACAUGGACUACGUUGUGGGAGCCAGAACGUUCCGCAGAGACAAGAAGGUCCGGCACCUCACCUCGCAAGUGAAGAACCUGUUCAGUGUGCUGAACUACGAGCGGGCCCGGCGGCCCAGCCUCCUAGGGGCCUCUGUGCUGGGCAUGGACGACAUCCACAGGGUCUGGCGUAGCUUUGUGCUGCGCGUGCGGGCUCAGGACCCAGCGCCCCAGCUGUACUUUGUCAAGGUGGACGUGACGGGGGCCUACGAUGCCCUCCCUCAGGACAAGCUGGUGGAGGUGAUCGCCAACGUGAUCAGGCCUCAAGAAAACACGUACUGCGUGCGCCAGUAUGCAGUGGUCCAGAGAACCGCCCAGGGGCACGUCCGCAAGUCCUUCAAGAGACACCAGGUGUCCACCUUCGUGGACCUCCAGCCUUACAUGAGACAGUUCGUGGAGCAUCUACAGGAGACAAGCUCCCUGAGGGAUGCCGUGGUCAUCGAGCAGAGCUCCUCUCUGAACGAGACUGGCCACAGCCUUUUCCACCUCUUCCUGCGCCUGGUGCACAACCACGUCAUCAGGAUCGGGGGCAAGUCCUACGUGCAGUGUCAGGGGAUCCCCCAGGGCUCCAUCCUGUCCACUCUGCUCUGCAGCCUGUGCUACGGGGACAUGGAGAGCAGGCUGUUUUCCGGGAUCCAGCAGGACGGGUACGGGUCCCCUUUGUGUGUGUGUGUGUGUGUGUGUGUGUGUGUGUGGUCCUGCCUCCAGCCGCCUCGUGUCUCGGGUCCUCUUGACUCGGACGGACCACCCUCUCGUCUUUGUGUCGGGUCACGUGGUGGGCAGCAAGCAGGUCGUGAACACAGGCUCGUAAGCGGCUGCGAAUGCGGCCAAGGCUCGGGCUCCCACCGGAGCCGCACCCUGGCCCCAGAGCCCGGCCGCCGCCCGGCCUCCCCCCCCUCGCCCCGCCCCGCCCGAGGUGCGAGCCUUGGUCAGGUUCUCUGGAGAGAGUUACUUCGUUCCCGUCCUGGUGAACCCCGACACGGGGUCCCCCGCUGCAGUGCUGGGCGGUCCUCUCGUAGGGUGCUCCUGCGUCUGGUGGACGACUUCCUGCUGGUCACGCCUCACCUGGCGCAAGCCCAAGCCUUUCUCAGGACCCUGGUCAGCGGUGUUCCUGAGUAUGGCUGCACAGCCAACUUGCAGAAGACGGCAGUGAACUUCCCCGUGGACACUGGCGCCCCGGGCAGUGUGGCCCCCCUCCAGCUGCCCGCCCACUGCCUGUUCCCCUGGUGCGGUUUGCUGCUGGACACGCGGACCCUGGAGGUGUUCUGCGACUACUCCAGUUACGCCCAGACCUCCAUCCGCUCGAGCCUGACCUUCAGCCAGGGCACCAGGCCCGGGAGGAACAUGCGUCGCAAGCUGCUUGCGGUCAUGCGGCUGAAGUGCUGCGCUGUGUUUCUGGAUCUGCAGGUUCCACGCGUGCGUGCUCCAGCUUCCGUUCAACCAGCCGGUGAGGAAGAACCCCUCCUUUUUCCUCCAUGUCAUCGCGGACACCGCGUCGCGCUGCUACUCCCUCCUGAAAGCCAAGAACACAGGCUGAGCAUCCAGAUGACUGAGCUGACACAUUUAUGGCUGACCCAAGUCCAGGGAGGACGUCGUCAGCGCACCGGAGGUGAGCAGUGCAGAACUGAGCCCCACCCAACCCUCCCACCCCCCCGGCCAGCCCCGUGGUGCCCUUGCUUUGUAAACACAGGGAGGACAGACUGCCCAACACGGGGGACACCCCCAGGACCCCUCACCGGGCAUCUGGGCACCCGCCGCUGGCCCCCACCCACCUACGUGCCAGGGGCCCGGUUCUGACGUUUUCGUCACAGACCAGACCCAAGACGGCACCCACUCAUCCUCUACACACACCAGAGUCUUCUGGUACAGGUAUUUUGUCGGCAUUUUGCUCAGGAUCACGAAUCUGUUUUGAAGUGUUAAACCCUUGAAAAGACAUGUGCUUGGUCAGGCUCAGUCACUGAAACUUCCUGGUUUCCCUCUUUCGAAAGCCACCGUGCGCACUGCCAGACCUCCUCCAGGUGAAACGUGGAAAUAGGAUUUGUAAAAGGCAAAGGAAUUCAGUUUUCUGGCCUUCCUUAGAUCCGAGCUGCAUGUAGAGAAGCCCUUUCACUCAUGCACCCUGCAAACGUGUGUGCAGUAGGUGAGUUCAAGGUGAGUAGCUCAAGAGGAGACAUAGAUGGUGUCCCCAGGGCCCCCAAAGCGCUGAGUGGUUUACCCCUUGAGCCCCGGUUCCUGCCCCUCCCUCAACUGGCAUACCCCUGGGUGCGUGCUUGGCACCUGGCCACAUGGAUACUCUCCUGUGGAGGACACUGUAGAGUAAAGGGCUUCCCAAACCUGGGUGCCCUCAGAAUUGCCCAGGCACUGUAGGAGGUGGAGUAGUGACCCCCCAAGAGCACCUACGUCCUAACUCCAGAACCUGCAAGUGUUGUGUGACAUGGCAAAGGGGAAUUAUGUGGGCAGGUGGGAUUAGGUAGCUUAUCAGUAGACCUCAAGAUGGGGAGAUCAUCCCGAAUUACCCAGGUGCACCCAGGGAGAUCACAGGGUGAAAGGAGGACGGACAAACGCGGGGGGAAAAGACUCGCUGACCUCACUGGCUUGUCGAGGCAGGAAGGGGCCACGAGCCCAGGAUUGCAGCAUGGGGGCCAAGGCGCAGAGCUACCCGUGGGACUUGGGGCACAUUUCGGGGGGGGCACUCUUGAGUUAAAUCCUUUGUAAUACUCAGCUCCACUUGGGAGUGGGGGAGGGGGCAAGAGCAGCCGCGACAGGCGUCCUGGACUGGGCCCCCUGUGACCCUCCAAGAGACUUUGUCGGCCGGGACUUUUCAGCACCCCGGACAGCGUUUGUCCUGCCCAACAACAGGAAAGCCAUCCGUGGUCUCCUGUGGCAAAGUCACACAGCAAGACUGUGUGUCGGGGCCCACCUCCUUAGAUCUGAUGCCUGGUUCACAGUGUUGUCAGAGGAGAGAGAGGGGGGAGGAGGAGGAGAGGAAGGAAAUGGAUGGAGGGAGCGAGGGAGGAAUUGGAUGGAUAGAAGAAUGGAGGGAGGAAGGACCUGGGUGGCUCAGUGGGCUAGACAUCUGAUUCUUGAUCUCAGCUCAGGUCUUAAUCCCAGGGUCCUGUGCCCUCCUGUGCACCCCUUCCUCCAACUCUGUGUUGGGUUCCAUGCUGAGCGAGGAGCCCGCUUGGGAUUCUCUCUCUCCCUCCCUCUCUGCCCCUCCCCUGCUCUCACUCUCUCUCUCUCAAAAAUAAACAAAUAAAUAUAAAAAAAAAUAAGAAUGGAAGGACAGAGAUGGGGGAGGGAGGGAGGAAAUGGAUGGAUGGAUGGAUGGAUGGAAGGAAGGGGUUGGAGGAAGGGGUGCAUGGGAGGGCCGGUGGAGGAGGUGAGCACGCUGGAGCUGAGAAAUGAGGAGGCGCCCCUGCACGGAGGCUGCAGGAGGCGUGGUGUGCAGUGAGUGUGCCACGCUCCUCUGGAAACAGUAGAACCUGUUUCUGUUCCUUCU